UGCUGCCCUCUGCCUUCCCUCACUCUCCGCCUCGACUCGACCGCCUGAAACCUGCCGGCGACCAUUUGACCAAGGCGCCGAACAGGAAACGUGAGGGGUAGUCGUUAGCUUUUUGCUUCGCAUUUGUGCCUGCCUGGGCCGCUUUCGUUGUUUUCGGCAACUUUGGUGUGCGCGAUUGGGAGCCGUCUGCAGGGUUGAGUUGAUCGCAACUCGGUGGGCAGAAAACAACAAUUAUCAACAACCCGCCAUCCGCGCCUCGUCGCAACUCUUGUCCGGUCUCGAGACAUUGGGUUCUUACCCAGAUCUUGAUGUUGAUCGCGCCCGCUGGCAUCGACUCCUCCAAUUGUUAAAGACAUAGGCCCUUCCUCCCGCCAUCAGGGCAGAGUCGGCAAUCAUGGCAAACCAUCAUCCUUCGCCUCCGAUGCAAAUGCAGAUGCAUCAUGGACCGCCAGGUCCAGCGCGGGCCCCCGUCCCGCAACAGUCCUUUUCGUCAUCGCGACAGGUCCUCCUACAACAGACCGAGGGGAUCUGGAUCCAGCUCGGUGGACUUGCUGAGCAGAUGGGCAAUCUUGACGACGCGAUGGCUUCGUACGAGCGCGCCAUUCGAACCAAUCCCAACUCGAUCCCGGCCAUGAACGCCAUGAGCUCAGUCCUGAGGACACGCGAGGAUUUUCCCAAGGCCGCCGAGUAUCUAAAUGCCAUCCUGAAGCUGGACGAAAGGAACGGAGACGCGUGGGGUUGUCUCGGACAUUGCUAUUUGAUGAUGGACGAUCUGCAGCAAGCCUACAGUGCAUACCAGACAGCUUUGGUUCACCUGCCGAACCCAAAGGAACCCCGCCUCUGGUACGGCAUUGGCAUCCUCUACGACAGAUACGGUUCGCUAGACCAUGCCGAGGACGCAUUUGCCCAUGUUAUGAAGAUGCAGCCGGACUUUGACAAGGCCCACGAGAUCUAUUUUCGACUGGGGAUCAUUUACAAACAGCAACAGAAGUACAACGAAUCGCUCGAGUGCUUCAAGUACAUCGUGAACUCGCCGCCAACGCCACUCACGGAAGAGGAUAUCUGGUUUCAGAUUGGGCACGUCCAUGAGCAGCAGAAAGACUUUGAGAAUGCGAAGGUGGCUUACCACCGCGUCCUCGACCGUGACCCCAAUCACGCCAAGGUCCUGCAACAGUUGGGUUGGCUCCACCAUACGCAGAGCCAGCAUUUUGAUAGCCAGGAGCGGGCUAUCGAAUACCUGGAGAAGUCAGUCGCAGCUGAUAACUCUGAUGCACAAAGCUGGUACCUGCUCGGCCGCUGUUACAUGCAGAUGCAGAAAUACCCCAAGGCAUACGAGGCAUAUCAGCAAGCCGUCUAUCGCGAUGGCCGGAACCCGACAUUCUGGUGCUCCAUUGGUGUUCUGUACUACCAGAUCAACCAGUACCGCGAUGCGCUUGAUGCUUACUCGCGCGCAAUCCGCCUCAAUCCAUGGAUUUCAGAAGUUUGGUAUGAUCUGGGCACAUUGUAUGAAUCUUGCAACAACCAGAUCGCCGAUGCGCUCGACGCGUACCAGCGCGCCGCUGAACUCGACCCCUCGAACCCCCACAUUAAAACCCGGCUGCAGCUGCUUCGCAAUGGACAAACUAGUGGCGCCGCGCCGGGACCUACUGAUGUUCAUCCUCAGGCUUACCAAGCAGCUGGCGCCGUUGGACCCCCGGGACCACAGUGGGCCGGCUCGGGCUCCGGUGCGCCGCCGCAGCCGCCACAGGCGAUGCCUAACGGCGCUGCUCCCGGCGGCCCUGGGCCCAACUCGUGGGCGGGUAGAAUCUCUGAUAUAAACCCCCCGCCGCAGCCACGGAACCCGUAUGCUGCCGACCGUGAACCCUUCCGCGGGCAAGCCGGCCCCGGUCAACGACCCCCCAGCCCCCAGCCGGAGCAGCAAAUGAGGCCGUAUCAGGACGCCAACCGGGUACCCGAGCAACUCAGACGGGGUCCAUCACCUCCACCACCAGCCCACUACGCAGCCCCUCCGCCGCCACCGCCGCCGCAGCAGCAGGCUCAACAGCCCCAGCAGCCCCAGCAACCCCCUCCGGGAUCGCAACCCCCUCGCAUCAGGAACCCGAACUAUGGUGGACACACCCCGGUCGCGGUGCUCCAACAACCUAGCUCAGGGCCUGGCCCGAGUGGGAACCCGGCGAACCCAUUGAUGCCUUAUCGCAACCCUAGCCCUCGAAAUGAUGGCCGGCCGCCCAUGCAUGACAAUCGCAUGCCGUCGCCCAAGUCGGCCUAUCCACAGCAUCAGCCACCCUACUCGGCGCAUCCCGAUCAGGCAGGUCCUCAUGGCCCCGAGCCUGGAGUACCUCUUCCGCCACAACCUGGUAUGCCUGCUGAUGCUGCUCUUCACCGGGAGCACGAUCCUCGCCCCCCUUCGGUUGGCCCGAAGAGGAUGCGCGAGUGGGAGGAUGAUCGGGAAGCGAAGAAGCCCUCGACUGAGGAAACACGGGCGCGCAUGGACGACAUCCGCCAUCGCCGCCCUUCCACGUCGCCCCGCCUUGAGCCAUACCGCCGCAACUCAUCGGAAGUUAGGCGUUUUGAUGAGCGUCGCAUGGAGGAUGCUCGGCGGGCCGAAGAGCAACGCCGGGCUGAUGAUAUGCGUCGCGCCGACGAACAGCGUCAUGGCAAUGAAGGAUACCACCCGUCCGAAGCUGCCCACCACCCGCAGUCGCACUCGGUUUCCGCUCAUUUGCCACCUAUGCAACAGGGCCCGUCGUCCAUGCAAGGCCUCAUGCAUGAAGCCCCCGGGCCACAGCCUGGGCCGGCUAAGAAAGAAUACCAGCCAGGACCCGAGGAGAGACGGAUGGAGCACCCUCCCGCCGCUCACCCUCCUAUCGCCCACCCCCCCAUCGCCAGUGAGCCUGAGAGGGCUGCCCGCACGAUGGAUGUGGAUGAAAACUAUGACGAUAGCGGGGAGGAAGACAAAAAGGCGGGCAUUGUUCCGGGCCCUGCCCCGGGUUCGGGUUCCGCGGCAGCGGCUGAGAUCAAGAAUGGGACGCCCACUACUGCGACUAUUAAUGGCAACUAAGCGUGGCUCGCGUGAACGCACGCACUCUGAGCCAACCUGGAUACUCGGAUGUGUACCCGUCCUCGGUUUCUGUUGGUGAGAUGACAUGGCGGUUGUCUGGAUGUUUUCCGAGCUGCCAUUUCUUGACUUCGAGGUUUAUAUCAGGCCACGCUCACGCAACUCUGGCUUUUCCGGCAAUGGUGGCCUUCGUCGACCUAUUGAGUGUUUUUUUUCCUUUCCUUUUUCUUUUUGUUCUUGCGUUUUUAAAGCGACACAUCGAGGUUCGAGGUUUUGUUAGGGGCUGAUAGUUUAGUAGCCAAUGCUGCAUGAUGGUUUGAGCCCGCUGGGCAUGGUCGCCUGGGAUGAUGGACAUUGUCGACGGCAUGGAUUGUGGGGAUUCUUUGUUUAACAUCAUGUAGCCAGCUUGAUAAACUUCAGUUAUUUAUCACAACACUUCUGAAACCCCCAC